GAAAAUUAUGAAGAACACAUGAAUGAUGAACCAAGUGGUGAUAUGGGCAAAGCGAGAAAGCUUUGAUAGAAUCCACGUAGAUACGCGCUUAGAGUGCGCAUUACGCCAUUAUUUAACGUUCUUCUCAAACUAAUCACCUUUUUUUUUUAAUUUUUUAAUAUAACUAAGAAGACCGGUGAAGAAGAAAAAAUGGGCGCCUUCCUAACACAGAAAUUUCCUCUUCUUUUCCAUGCAACGAUACUCUAAUUUUCUCUGUCCUUUAGUACUUGAAACUGGUCGAUUCACGUCAACUUUGCCUCUCUAGUGAAGACCGCUGCUCACUGUUCUUCGUAAAUUGUCUUUGAAAGGUGAACGUGAUUUUUCCUUUUUGUUCUUGGAGGAUUAUGCGUGGUUUUUUUUGAUGGGAGAUACGGAGAGUUGCAGUAGCAGAGCAGUGGAUUUUCUGCCAAAUCAGAGUCGAAACCAGAGGCAAAAGAUUGAGGUUUAUAAUGAAGUCCUUUGUCGACUCAAGGACUCCAAUGACGAAGAUGCAAGGCUUCCUGGCUUUGAAGACGAGCUCUGGGCUCAUUUUAAUAGACUUCCUACUAGGUAUGCACUGGAUGUGAAUGCAGAGAGGGCACUGGAUGUUCUCAUGCAUAAGAGAUUACUUCAGCAGGCAUAUGAUCCUGCUACUAGGCCUGCGAUUGAGGUCCGCCUUGUGCAGGUUCGUUCUAUCUGUGAUGGAAAUUAUGGUAACUCUGUUCAUUCACACUCUCUAGGAAAAGUGGAACUUCAGUAUUGUGAUCAUAUGAGCAAGCAGAGCAUUCUUCCACCGCCAGCCUUUAGUUCAUCGCCUGAGGUUGAACUUGUAUGUGGAGCUCGAGAGAAGGAUAGCGCCAUGAUUGCCGGUACACUUUACUCUCGGAUAAUGCAUGAAAUUACAGUUUCAACUAAUGAUAAACCAAAGCUUCUAAGUCAGUUGACUUCCUUGCUAUCUGAGAUUGGUCUGAACAUUACAGAAGCACAUGCUUUUUCCACAAUGGAUGGCUACUCUUUGGAUGUAUUUGUUGUUGAUAACUGGGCACAUAAGGAGACUGAGAAGCUUAAAAACGUGCUGCUAAGGGAAAUUCAAAAAUUCGAGGAGCAUACUCAGUUGAAAUCUAAUGUCAUCUAUCCUAUUGUGGGGCAAGAGCAAAAAGGGAUGAUCAAUCUUAUCUGUAAUCAUGCCAACAUGCCUGCUGACCAAAUGGAUGUUUGGGAAAUUGAUGCAAGCCUGUUGAAAUAUGAAAAAAAAAUUGCAUCAGGAUCCUGUGGAGAUCUGUAUAAAGGUACAUUCUGCAGUCAAGAUGUGGCUAUCAAAGUUCUUAGGACUGAAUGUCUAAAUGAUAAAUUGCGUAAGGAAUUUGCUCAAGAAGUCUUUAUCAUGAGGAGAAUUCGACACAAGAAUGUUGUACAAUUUAUUGGUGCAUGUACCAGACCUCCAAGCCCGUGUAUUGUGACAGAAUUUAUGUGCGGUGGAAACAUGUUUGACUUUCUUCAUAAACAAAAGCAAAGUUUUAAUCUCCAGUCCUUACUCAGAGUAGCAAUUGAUGUCUCCAAGGGAAUGAACUACUUGCACCAAAAUAAUAUAAUACAUAGAGAUCUGAAAGCUGUCAAUCUUUUGAUGGAUGAAAACGGAGUGGUUAAGGUUGCUGAUUUUGGCAUUGCUAGAGUACAAGAUCAGUCUAGUGUGAUGACAGCAGAAACCGGAACAUAUCGCUGGAUGGCUCCAGAGGUUAUUGAGCAUAAUCCUUAUGAUCAUAAAGUUGAUGUUUUCAGCUUCAGCAUUGUGUUGUGGGAGCUGCUCACAGGAAAGCUUCCAUAUGAGCACUUAACCCCAUUACAAGCGGCAGUUGGUGUGGUCCAGCAGGGUUUGAGGCCCUCGAUCCCAAAACAUACUCAUCCCAAAUUGGUGGAGCUGCUUGAGAGAUGCUGGCAGAAAGAUCCAUCUUUGAGACCUGAAUUCUCUGAAAUUUUAGAACUGCUACAACAGUUAGCCAAGAAGGUUGCAGAGGAAACAGAAGAUAGGCAGGAAGAGAAAUCGUCUGAAAGAGCCGUAAAAACAAUUAGGCGAAACAGACAUUGAAGUAAUAGGCGAGAAUAUUGUAUAAAAUAUUGAAAAGCUUUCCAUGGAUUAAAUAUGCACCCGUAAAAUCAUCAGAACCAACAUGAGCCUAAUUUGAAGUUGAAGUAGAAUUGUUAAUGCCACUGUUGUUGACCAAAUAUACAGCUUAAUCAGAAUUUUGCAUUGAUCCA